AUAACCAUAUCAGCCUAAAUAAACCCCAAAGACUUGGGUUUAAAUCUCGGUUCUGCUGCUUGUUUCUGGACCGUCUUGAGCAGCUCGCCUGACCUCUCUAAGUUUGUUUCCCUCCUUUGAAUUAGGGAAGACAGCAGUGCCUGUCUCACGGGGUGGUUUUGCCCUCCGCAAUAAGAUAGUGAAUGCAAAAGAACUACUUCUGCGCAGAGGGCUGUGGGAAAACCAGUGGUUGUUAUCAUCUGCAAUCUUGCGUCUCUGACGAUCUGACUCUGACAGGUGCUAUCCAGAUUCCAACAGUGUCUUUCAGCCCCAACGAGUUCAACACGACAGCCCUGGCUGAGUUUGGAGAAUACAUCCAUGAAGUCUUUCCUACAGUUUUCAAAACCAGCUUUAUCCAGCAUGAAGUCGUGGGAGAGUACAGCCACCUGUUCACUGUCCAAGGCUCGGACCCCAACUUGCAGCCCUACAUGCUGCUGGCUCACAUUGACGUGGUGCCUGCCCCUGAUGAAGGCUGGGAGGUGCCCCCGUUCUCUGGGUUGGAGCGUGAUGGCUUCAUCUAUGGUCGAGGCACACUGGACAACAAGAACUCUGUCAUGGCAAUUCUGCAGGCCUUGGAGCUCCUGCUGAUCAGAAGCUACGUCCCCCGAAGGUCCUUCUUCAUUGCUCUGGGCCAUGAUGAAGAGGUGUCAGGGGCGAAUGGAGCUCAGAAGAUCUCAGCCCUGCUACAGGCGAGGGGCAUCCAGCUGGCCUUCAUCGUGGACGAGGGUAGCUUCAUCCUAGAUGGUCUCGUUCCCAACCUCAAGAAGCCCUUUGCCAUGGUUGCCGUCUCAGAGAAGGGUAUGCUUAACCUCGAGCUGCAAGUGAACAUGACUCCAGGCCACUCUUCAGCUCCUCCAGAGGAGACAAGCAUUGGCAUCCUCGCAGCUGCUGUCAGCCGACUGGAGCAGACGCCAAUGCCAAACAUGUUUGGAGGCGGGCCAUUGAAGAUGGCAUUGCAGCAGCUGGCAGAUGAGUUUCCCUUCCCUAUCAAUAUAGUCCUGAGCAACCUGUGGUUAUUUCGGCCCCUUGUUAGCAGGUUAAUGGAGAGGAAUAAGAUAACCAGCGCACUGGUCAGGACCACCACAGCAGUCACCAUGUUCAAGGCAGGGAUCAAGGUGAACGUCAUCCCCUCGGUGGCCCAGGCUACAGUCAACUUCCGGAUUCACCCUGCACAGACAGUCCAGCAGGUCCUAGAACUCGUCAAGAACAUUGUGGCUGAUGACAGGGUCCAGUUCCACGUGCUGAAUGCCGUUGACCCCCUGCCCAACAGCCCCUCUGACUCUCAGGCUUUCGGCUACCAGCUGCUCUGCCAGACCAUCCAGUCCGUCUUCCCGGAGGUCCACAUUGUUGUCCCAGGUAUUUGCAUUGGCAACACAGACAGCAGACACUAUACGAACCUUACCACUGGCAUCUACCGGUUCAACCCCGUCUACCUGCAGCCUCAGGGCUCCUAUGGGUCUUCUACACAGAUUCUCGUAACUUUAAGGACCAGGGAUUUGGGGAGGUACAAGUUCUUCCCAGGAAGGAAGGAGAUCUCUGGAAGAGAGGGAAGAGACGGCAGACACUGCCCUGGGACCAGCGGAGCCUGAGGAGCUGUGGGCAGCUGAAGGAGCCCAGCCAGAGGCGUGGGAGGGAGCCGCAGCCCCACGCCGAGGCUGCGUUCUGAAAGAUUUGAACUUAAGCUACUUUUUGUGAAAGAAGGGCCACCUCGGAGGGCACCCCAGACUUCACUGGGCUCUUCUACUCUGGAUGUCCUGUCCUGAGCAGCCUGCUGCUGAGAACCAAAGAAGAUAAGAGGCCAGAUCGCUUCUACAAGCGUAGCACUGGCUGGCCAGAGUCAGGCAUCCACACCCCUCCUGGCUGGCUGCAGAGGCUGGCGAGGACUCGCGCGUUUCCCUCCAGCUCGCAGCUUCAGUGCUUGAUGGGGCUGCCUGUUGGUGGAUCAGCUUUUGCAGCGCCUAGUAGGAGCGGAGAGCCGUGGGAAGAGGUCCCACGGCACUCAAGCCUGGGUUCCUCCC